AUGAGCAAGUCUUCUACUGCAACUGCACCAAAGAAUCCGACUCCGCUUCCAGCAAAGUCAGCCUGGGCAAAGGGCCCCCCGCAGACAGCGACAGCGCCUUCCCCUCGCUCACAAUCUCCGGCUCCUUCCACACCCACUCAUCAGACCCAUUCUCGUCGACCUAGCACUCUAGGCCAGGGUAUACCCAUCAAAGAUGGCGUUAGUGUUCCUCGGAAUAACGUAGGAGCUGUAAAACAAGGCUCAGCAGUGACUUUUGGAUCAAUAGAUGACGUUUCAGCGCCAAUAUCCUCGUCACCAGCAGCCGCCCCAUCUCUUAAAGCCGAAGUCGUAAAAUCCUUCGGGACCGUGCCUGCUACCGGCCAUGUCAAUGGGAAAGCCUCUAUAUCAUCAAGGGCGUCAGUCGCCACACCUGCCGCUUCAUCAUCAUCGGCCUCAUCGUCAUCAUCGACGGCUACCCCAGCAGCUGCUUCCUCAGCUGCGGCUUUGCCAAAGCCAAAAAUUGACAUCAAGAAGAUGUUCCAAAAUCCCACCUCCGCCCCCGCCUCAAAUCCCCCGCCUGACACUUCAUCACCCUCGCAACGAAAUGUAAAUCUACCUGUUCAACAAUCGCCAUUACAUCAAAGCCAAUCCGUCCAUACCCCACUUACUCCUCACUCCUUUUCUACAUUCGUACCCAGACUCCCUCAAAAUACUGGGCCAAAUGGUGGACCACCCCGUUCUCCUCAAUACCCUCGUCAACUUCCUAAUGGAAAUGGCCCGCGGCCUCAGGGAGGGCAGAAUGGCGGCCCUUCGACUGGUAUGCCUUCACCUCGCCUUGGCCCACAUCCUCACAAUGGCCAGCCGUCUCAAAUGGCACCUGCACCCCAAAUGCAGCCUCAGAUGCCUGCUCAGAUGCCAAUGGGGAUGCCUUGGGGGGGAUACUAUCCUUAUCCUCCUGAUCAGCAGUACAUGUAUUCAGCGCAGUGGUAUCCUUCAAUGCCUAUGCAACAGCCUCACGGCCAGCAUCAACCUCCAACACCCGGUCUUCCUCCUCACGGCGGUAUGCCAAUGUCUCCUAGAAACCCUCCCGCAUCUCUUCAAACCCCAGGUACACCUAUCUUAUCACAGGCACUACCAAAUCCUACGCAUGCUCCACACCCGCCUCCUGUUCUUUCUCACCCAACGCAUUCCAUGGGUGGCCUAACAUCCCCACCGACAACUCCGUCUACUUCCUCCAUACCUAAUCGUCUCAAUGCCGCUUCAAAUGCAUUUGUGCCACGGCAGCCCUCUCGGGUGACGCUGAAAAAGGAAGACGGUACUGAAGUUAAGCUAGAGAAUCUUAAAUCUCCUGCACCAUCAUCAAACACAUCUGCACCUACGCCACAAGGUUCUGCGUACAGGCAGGGUAGUCCUGGGACGCCUACACGGCGGCCAGCCAGUGUUCGUAUAGAAUCUGAGGAUCAGAGAAAGAUCAGACUAGCUGAGGAGGAGAAUAAGGAGAAAGAAAAGGCCCGGCUGAAGGCCGAAGCCGAGGAAAAGGCUAGGAAGGAGAAAGAAGAGGCCGAGCGCAAGGUGAGGGAGGCCGAGGAGAAGAAAAGGCAAGAAGAAGAGGCUGAGAAGGAACGGAUUCGCAAAGAGGAAGAGGAGAAAGAAGCAGAGCGCUUGCGUAGAGAGGAAGAGGAGCGCGCGCGCAAGGAGGCCGAGGAGCGUGAGGCUCAGCGCCUUAGGGAGGAAGAAGAACGUAAGCGUCAGGAGGAGGAAGCUGCAGAAGCGAAGAGGAUUGCGGAGGAAAAGGCCAAGAAGGAGGCUGAGGAACGGGCAGAACAAGAAAGAAUUGAGAAGGAGAAAGCUGAACAGGCCCGCCUUGCCAAAGAGGCUGAAGAGGAGCGAUUGCGAAUUGAGGAGGAGGAGAAACGACGCCUUGAGGAAGAGGCUGCAAAGUCGGCAAAGGAGCCCGAGCCGGAACUUGAUGGCAAGUCUGAAUCGACACUUGAAGAGGGAGAAGUCGUUGAGGACAAUAAUACCGAUGCGAAAGAUGAUGGGAAGGAUAAACCCAAGGAAUCUCUUCGAAUCAACACAGGUGCUACAUCUCCAACAGUGGAUAGAAGGCAACGACCUGGUCCUCUCGACCUAACCAACGCCAAGAAUUCAAACAUUCCUGCACCUCAGACGGCCCUCGCUACUGCGCGCAUCAUCUCUGAUAUCAGUUCUGUUCAAUACCCUGCUGGCGUCAGUAGCCCACGUCCUGACCUCAAUGAAAAUGCGAAAGAAGGAAAAUUCAGGUACGACCGAGACUUCCUUCUGCAAUUCAUGUCCAUUUGCAAGGAGAAGCCUGCUAUGCUCCCUCCUCUGGAUGCCAUCGGCUUAGAACCUGCCGAUCAAUCACAACACCAGAUGACUCGCACUCAAUCUGGCCGUCGCACUGGUCCCGGAGGCGCCCCCGCUUCUCGCCAAUCAUCAAUCGGCCUUGGAUUCCCUGCUGGUACCUUCAACAAAGGCUCUGGCUCAUUAUCCAGCAUGGGUCAAUUCAGCACAGUAGGUGCAAGCAAGCUCAGCAGUCAGGAGCGUUUCGAGGCUGCUCGACCCGUGUCUGUCAGCGGUGCUUCAGGUAUGCAAUUUACCAACCGACCGCAACCAAUGACUCGGACCACCAGUCAGGGUGGUCCUGGUGGUCCUCUGCGCGAUCGUACUCGUAGUAAGCGUGGCGAGAAACGCGGAGAAAACAACAAGGCUGCUGGGGGUAACGCUGGCGGACAACAGGGCCAUGGUGGCGCAUUUAAUAACUACCACCAGCAGCAACAGCAGCAGAACCUCGAACCCGUGGCCCCUCUACAAGCCACUGCUAACCGAUGGGAUAGGAAGGCUAUACAAGCUGACGCCGAUUCUCCUGAGAUGGUUGACCGUAAGGUCAAGGGCCUUUUGAACAAGUUGACGAUGGAGAAGUUUGAUUCGAUUUCUGACCAAAUUAUUGCAUGGGCCAACAAAUCGGAGAAGGAGAAGGAUGGUCGUACGCUUAUUCAGGUCAUCCGAUUGGUGUUCGAGAAAGCUACAGACGAGGCUACUUGGUCAGAGAUGUAUGCACGUCUUUGCCGAAAGAUGAUGGAACAGAUCAGCCCCAAAGUUCAGGAUGACGGUAUCAAGAACAACGAGGGAAAACCUAUUGCGGGAGGCCAGUUAUUCCGCAAAUACUUGCUGAAUCGUUGCCAGGAGGACUUCGAGCGAGGGUGGGUGGCUAAGGAGGCUACCGCUGCAGCUGCCGCUUCUAAAGCAUUGGAGGAUGAAGCCAUCAAGGCAGCUCAUGAGAAAGGUAAAGCAGAUGGGAAAGAUGAGGAGGUUGCCCUCUAUUCCGACGAGUACUACGCUGCACAGAAGGCCAAGCGUCAAGGUCUCGGUCUCAUCAAGUUCAUUGGUGAACUAUUCAAGCUUCAGAUGCUUACGGAGCGUAUCAUGCACGAGUGUGUGAAGAAGCUUCUCGGCAACGUUGAUAAUCCUGAGGAAGAGGAAAUCGAAUCUUUGUGCAAACUCCUGGGUACUGUCGGUGGCAUUCUGGAUACGCCCAAAGCUCGCGCCCACCUGGAUGUGUACUUUGCCCGCAUGAAGGAGCUUAUCAAAAGCCCCAAUGUUACUCCUCGUAUGCAAUAUAUGCUGCAGGAUCUUGUAGAACUUCGUGAGAGGAAGUGGGUUGCUCGUAAUGCGGUUGCGGCUCCAACUACCAUUGCAGCCAUUCACGAAAACGCUGCGAAAGAGAAGGCCGCCGCUGAGAAGGAGUCAUACCAAAGACAGAUCAGCAUGUCUCGUGGUGGUUCAAGACGCGGUGGUGACCGCAACGAUUUCAACCAGGUCAACCCUGACGGGUGGGCGGUCGCUGGAGGUGGAUCAGGUCCUUCGCGACCACCACCGAAGGCUGGCGAUCUUUCCAACUUCGGCAAGAUCAGCAAAGCUCAGCCCAUGACAUUCGGCCCGAGCAGCGUCUUUGCUGGUAAGAAGGGAGCCGAGAAUAAGCGGGAAUCUAUCUCUCGAACUAGUUCAAGCUCGAACAUGUUUUCUAUGCUUAGCGCCCAAGGUGCAGAGUCGAGCGAACCUGCGACCAAACCCGCUGAACCAGCUCAAAGGAAACGGCUUGUCCUUCAACCUCGUUCGAAGCCUGUCGAAUCUGAAGCUACUGAGUUGGAGACGGCAUCCCCCGUCGCUGGAUCAGAAUCCGAUUCGGAUGAAGAGGCUGCCUCUGAGGUAGAAAUGUCAGAAGCUGACGCCCUCAAGAAGAUCAAAGAGGACUUGAAGGAAUUCUUUGCCGUGCGCAAUCUUGAGGAGGCUGAGGUGUACUUCAAGAUCCCCGCCCAACAUCAUCAUACCCUGGUCGACAAGUUUGUCUCUAGCGCUGUCGAGUCGAAGGAAGCUGAUGCCAAACUGGUAUCCGAUUUCUUUGAAGCCGCCGCAUCGAAGGAACUUUGCACUGCUCAAGCCUUCGAAGAUGGUUUCACGCCAAUUGCUGAAGUCAUCGAUGAUAUCGCCAUCGAUGCUCCUAAGGCAUUCCAGUUGUUUGCGCUAAUGAUCAAAGGUGCCAAACUGGACGACGACAGACGACAGCGAUUGGCCUCGAAAUCUAUGGACAGCGACAAGCUUUUGGCACUGUUACAGUAG